AUGAUUUGUGGCCCCGGUACUCCAGCAAUGAUCCACCCAGGAUCUGCUGGGCCAACCCCUAUUCCGACGAGUGGCCCGAAACUCAAUGAAGAAGGCUGUCCGUUGGAUCACAAAUGUAUCAUGGGUGCAUUCUUCGGAUUUUGUUAUCGAUACAAUAUUGCUUACCAUCCGAAAUGCAAAAAUGGUCGUGAGCCAUACUCGGUGCCGAUGGAUUCGUGGCGAGAAACGCUGUUCGGAAAGACGUGUAAGGAUAACUUCUGCCCUUCAGGAUAUAAAUGCCAUGAUGCCGACAUCUUCGCCUAUUGUUGCUGA